AAAUUGCACACUCAAAAAGCAAUACACCAAUUAAUUUUCACCAUCCACAUGCUUUACACAACUAUUAAUUAAGCCAAGCCAACAACUUCUCAGUCAUAACUUUUGACAAAUAACAAAACUCUUUCACACAGAGAGGGUAUUGAUCAUUUAACAUAGCAGAGAAAUACCAGAUCAAGAACAUAGUUGAUAAUGGCUGAAGCUUUUCUCACUGUUUUGUAUGAAAAGCUAUUUGAAAGGAUGGACUCUCCAGCGUUUGCCAACUUCUUCCUGGAAAAAAGAUCAAUUUGUGAGCAGCUAAGGGAGUUGAACCUUAAGCUAAAGACAACUAGUCUACUGGUCAAUGAUGCCGAAGAGAGGCAACUCGAGGAGCCGGAUGUGAAGGAAUGGUUGGAUGAUCUCAAACAUGUAAUUUACAGAGCACAAGACAUGGUGGACCACGUUGACUAUCAACUCCUAUCCAACAGCCUUGGACAUGAAUCUUAUAGUACUGAUACAACUACUGUGCUUAUGAAAAUGAAGUUCUUCCUCUCUUCAAUGACUGAAUUUGACAGAACUAUUCAAGCUGAGAUAGCUAAGAUCUUGGUUGAUACAAACCUUCUUUUACAGAAAAGGGUUCUCCUAGGUUUGAAAGAAGAUAAUCAGAACACUAUACCUUCACAAAGAUCAGUUGUUCCACUAAGAGAACAACAACGAGUUCAUGUACAUGGAAGAGAUGAUGAUAAAGACAAGAUAAUGGAAUGGCUGAUAACAAAUGGAACAUUAGGUAGUGAAAAGAUUGGUGUGCUUCCAAUAGUAGGCAUGGGUGGAAUUGGCAAGACCGCUCUGGCUCGCCUUGUUUACAAUGAUACAAAAUUAAAGGAACAUGGUUUCGAGCUUAAACUGUGGGCUACUGUAUCAGCUGAGUUUGAUGUUGUAAGAGCAAUGAGGAUUAUUUUGCAGGCUGCUACUAAUUCAUAUCUCACUGCUGACAUCAAUGUUUCAAUUAAGGAACUUCAAGAUAGAAUAAAAGAUGCCUUGAGAGGCAAGAAAUUUCUCCUUGUUCUUGACAAUGUAUGGGAUGAAAAUGAACACAACUGGAAUGUCCUAAAACUGGUCUUUACAUCUGGUGCGCGUGACAGCAAGAUUAUCGUGACUACACACAGCCAACAAGUUGCCAAAAUUGUAGGAAGUGGGAAAACUUAUGAACUAUCACAAGUAUCUCCUGGCUAUUGCUGGAAAAUAUUUAUUGAUCAUGCCUUCAAUGGAGACUUGGAGUCAAAUAAACAUUUGCAAGAAGUUGGAAAAAAGAUUGUAGUUGAGAAAUGCAAGGGCCUCCCACUAGCUGUCAUAUCUCUUGGUGGUCUUCUACGAUUCGAAAAUAAUUCAAACAUAUGGGAGAAGAUCUUAAGGAAUCAUGUUUGGGAAUGGUACGAAUGCCCGAACAAUAAUAUCGUUCCUUCGUUAUGGUUGAGUUAUCUUUAUCUUCCUUCAUAUUUAAAACAAUGUUUUGCUUACUGCUCUAUGUUUCCUAAGAAUCAUGAAUUUGAGAAGGAAAGAAUGGUCUUAUUGUGGAUGGCAGAAGGCUUUUUGGAAGAUAACCAAUUAGAAAAGAGAUUAGAAGAAGCUGGUGAAGAAUAUUUUGACAAUCUAGUUUCAAGGUCAUUAUUCCAAAGAUCAAGUAGAGAUGACUCCAAAUUUAUCAUGCAUGAUUUGGUGCAUGACUUAGCUAUGUUUGUCUCAGGAGAAUUCUGUAUGGCAGUAGAGGACAAUAAUAGCUCAGAGCUUCUCUCGAAUAAGAUUCGCCAUUUAUCACACACAACAACAUCUGUUACUAACUGUGACUCAGUUAGGAACGGUCUAUCAAGAGCACUGAAUUUGCGUACAUGGGCAGAACUAAGUACAAUAACAUCACACAAUGAGAUCACUAUAGAAUUUUUUCUAGCAACAAAAUUCUUAAGAGUACUAUCUCUGCUUAGUUUUUCUAUGCCAGCCAUGUUGCCUGAUUCAAUUAGUAAACUUAAACAUUUAAGGUAUCUAGACUUAUCUCAAAAUUUGAUAAUAGAGUUACCUUCAUCUAUCUGCAUGUUAUAUAAUUUGCAGACACUGCUACUGUCAUGUUGCAUAAGCCUUAGAAGAUUGCCAAAGGACUUGGGAAGACUAAUAAACUUGCGUCAUCUCGACACUAUUGGCUCGCCACUAGAAGAAAUGCCUCCACAUAUGGGCAAUUUGAAGAAGUUGCAAGUAUUACAUGAAUUUGUUUUGGGUAAAGGACAUGACAAUGCUUCAACCAUUAGAGAGCUGGGAGAGCUUCACCAGUUAAGUGGAGAACUUUAUAUUUUGGGUUUGCAAAAUGUAGCUAAUGUAAAUGAUGCUCUUGAAGCUAAUCUGAGGUAUAAGGAGAAACUCACUGGCCUAACUUUGUAUUGGUUGGGUGAGACCAUGGACACAAGAAGAGAAAGGGAGGUACUUGAAGCACUGCAACCUCACACAAACUUGAAGAAACUUAUAAUUUAUUCAUAUGCCGGUUUUAGUUUCCCUAAUUGGAUUGGAGAUUCAUCAUUCUCAAAUAUAGUGUCAAUUCAUCUGAGUCAUAAUAAAUAUUGUUGGUCCUUGCCAUCACUGGGGCAGUUACCUUCACUUCAAAAGCUUGAGAUCCAAAGUUUUCAUGGGGUGGAGACAAUAGGCGCUGAGUUUUAUUAUGGAAAUAACCCAUCCAAUAAUAUUACUCCAUUUCAGUCCAUAGUAACUUUGAUUUUUCAUGACAUGUUAGCUUGGAAGGAGUGGUCUACUGUUGGAGGUGAUGACAGAGAUGGUGGGGUACUUAGACCUUUCCCUUCUCUGAAAACGCUUAGCUUAAAUGGUUGCCCAAACUUGAGUGGGAGCUUACCUGAUCUUUACACAUUAGAAAGCCUCCAUAUUUCAGGUAUAUAUGGCAGUUAUUUUCCAGAACCACGCUCCUACUCAAGUCUCCACAAGUUGUUGUGCAAGAAACUAGAAUUCCCAGGGAGCCAUUGUUAUGUUUCUGUUACAGAGUUAAGAAUUCAAUACUGUGACUCGGUUAAAUCAUUCCCUUUAGACUACUUCCCAAGUCUGAAGAAGCUGAUCUUUUUCGAUUGUUCAAGCUUGGAAUCGGUUACCUUUUCAGAAGAAAAUGGCAUUUCAGACCUUCGUUCGCUCAUUGUUUUGGAACUUUACAAUUGUAGAAAUGUCACGGCAUUGCCUCAACACAUGCAAAAGCUUCUUCCAUCUCUUACUACAUUAAAAAUCUACCAUUGUCAAGAUAUAAAGUUAUUUCCUCAAGAAGGAUUGCCAUCUAAUCUAAAAGAGCUUCAUCUCUGUAAUUGCAGUCAACUGGUGGCACAACACAAACAAUGGGGUCUGCAAGGACUAAGCUCUCUCAACAAACUAAGCAUUGGUGGAUAUGAUGAUGAUGAUGAAGAAGUACUCGAAUCAUUUCUGGAGGGGUUGCUUCCCAUCUCUUUAACUGAAUUGUCAUUGAGUUAUAUUCCAAACUUACAAAAACUUAACGACAAUGCCUUUCAACACGUUGCAUCUCUUCAUAAGUUGUCACUGCAAAGUUGCAAGAAUCUGCAAGUUCUGUCAGAGCAAGUGUUCAUGGGUACUUCUCUACGCUCUUUGUUCAUCAGUGGAUGUCCUAUUCUUGAAAAUAGGUACCAACCAAGGAGAGGGGAAGAUUGGCAUAAGAUUUCUCACAUUCCUCACAUAUCCAUUGGUCACUGGUCAAGGAUCGAAGAAUAAGAUAUAUGAGGAGUACUCAAGGAUGGAAUAGAGACCAUCUCAUUUGAAUCCAUGCAAAACAAAGUUUGUCCAAUGUAUUUAUGUGGUGAUGCAGAGCUGGUUACAAGAGUUGAAUGCAGUAAUAAUAGCUUGCUUAUUAAUAAUUUUUUGGAAAUAUAAUGAACUUUUUUACUAUUGAAUAGCCUUAGAGAAGAUACAGAACUUAAAAAAUUUGUCUCUAAUUUCUGCCAAUGGACAUUGGACACUGUUUCCUGAUACUACUUACCGAGUGUCUUGUUCAAUAUAGAUACCAAGUCAGCAUACACACCAGUUACUUCCUACCACCAUUUUUGGUAGUGAAAAUCUGUACUUUAAUUUUCUUAUUAAGUAAUAAGUAAUAUUGCACCCCUUUCUACAUUAAA